UGUUCAUAAAAACGUGCACUAACCUCAACGAGUACUAAACUUCUAUAAAACGCGUGGAUAUAUACUUAUGAAAGAUUUAUAUUAUAAAAAUUGUUAAAUAUGAAUGCAACACAGAAAGUGCAAUACUUAGUUGUUGAUACAAGUGCUUUUAUCCGAAAUGCAUCCUUACAGGAUAUUGGUGUAAAUAUAAUAACAGAGAAAGAUGUAGUAAAUGAAGUUACAAAUAAAAGACAAUUAAGAAGACUUGUUGUCUUACCAUAUGAUUUAAAAAUACAAAAUGCAUAUUCUGAAAACAUUAAAUUUGUGACAGAAUUUGCUAAAAAGACUGGUGAUUACACUAGUUUAUCAGCUACUGAUAUAAAAGUAAUUGCAUUAACAUAUCAGCUGGAAAAAGAAAAAAUAGGAACUGAUCAUUUAAGAAGUAAACCAACGGUAGCACAAACUGUAGAUUCCAAUGUUGAGAAAACUGAAGAUCUUCAUACACCCUUAGCUGGCUUUUAUAUGCCAGAGAAAAAUAAAGAUGUUGAAGAUAAUACAAAAGAAUAUAAUGAUGAGGAGUUAAAACAAGAAAAAUGUAUAGUAAAUAAUAAGGAGAAUGAGAUAGAAACAAAUAUGGAAAAUAGCAUGAAGAAUAUGAGUUAUGAAGAAACAGAAGAAGAAUCGGAAUCAGACUAUAAGGAAUAUAGUGCGAGUGAAUCCGAUUAUGAAACAGCAGAUUCUAUAGUAGAUCAAGACAGAACAGAAGAUUUAUCUACAAUAUUUUCAAAAUUAAAUUGUGAAUCAACAGAUUUUAUAGUUCAAGAUAGAAAUAAUAUUGAACAUAAUAUUGAUAAUAUUCUUGUUCCAAUUAAAGAAAACUAUGUUGAUACAGAUCAGCAUAGUGAAUAUAAAGAUAGCAAAAGUGAUGAUAACAGUGAUAAUAAUUAUGAAUAUGAUGAUGAAGAUGGCAAUGGUAAUGAUGAGGAUAGCGGUUGGAUUACACCUGGAAACAUUCGUAAUAUAAAGAAAGAUUUUGAUUCAGACUUUCUUGAACAAAAAUCCGUAACUGUUGCAUGUUUAACAACGGACUUUGCUAUGCAAAAUGUUUUAAAACAAAUAGGAUUAAAUGUGAUUUCAUUAGAUGGAAAAGUAAUUAAACAAAUGCGGACGUACAUUUUUAGAUGUUACGCGUGUUAUAAAACUACUAGUAUUAUGACAAAAGUUUUCUGUCCUAGUUGUGGUAAUAAGACAUUGAAAAGAGUUGCAAUUACAUUAAAUGACGAAGGAAAACCAAAAGUUCAUAUCAAUUUCCGGAAGCCAAUUUCAAAGAAAGGAAAAAGAUUUUCUUUGCCGCUCCCGAAAGGUGGAAAACAUGCAAACAAUCCUAUUCUUUAUGAAGAUCAACCAUUACCUCAUCAAAGACCAUCAAGACUAGCACGUACAAAAAAUAAUCCUUUAGUAGAUGAUUGUAUAGCUGAAUAUUCUCCGUUUAUUAUGCGCGACGUACAUUCUAAAUCAGCUAUGUUGGGCAUAGGAACGAAAGGUCCUGUCAAAUAUUGGAUGCAAAAAAAUCCGAAUGAAGUCAGAAGAAGAAAAAAAUAAUUAUUAUAUCUUUGUAUUUAUAUCUACAUUAAAGAAAAAAAACCUUUUUGAAUAUAUAAAUUAAGUAUUGUGUACCUAUAAUUUUCAUUCUAAUAUUAUAGAAAUACUUUAAAUAAAUAAAUGAAUAAGUUAUGAACUACAA